AUGGAUUACGACUUCAAAACAAAGCUCGCAGCCGAACGAGAGAAGGUAGAAGAUCUGUUCGAAUAUGAAGGUUGCAAAGUGGGUCGAGGCACCUACGGGCACGUUUAUAAAGCUAAGCGCAAAGACGGGUAAGAUUCAGAUAACCUUAUUGUUUACUCAAUAAACUGAUUGCAGAAUGCCUUAUCAAGACUAGGCUAUAUAUAUCCUUGCACGUUGGACAGAGCAGAGGAUAGAUUUUAACUACCCUGAGCGCUGCCCGUGUCUCUGUUUUUGUUUUCAUGUACGCACUCCACACUCACUCAACGGUCCUCCCCCAAAACAACACAGUGAUUAUGUUUAUUAUUUGACACACUGUUCGUGGAAGCGCAGGCUACUUUCAACAUGAGUUAUUUGCCUAAUAUCACCAGUAGAAAUGUGUAGGUGUAAUGAUAUUCUCUGAUCUUGUUCAACUUGGCUUAGUCUAAAAUAAUCAUAUAUCCUAUUAUUGCCAAGUUCUCUCAAGAGCACUUACAUAGUCGAACUCGAUGCAACGCUAAACUCCUUUUGGUGCUUGAAUGCAAAGAAAAUAAGUGGAUAUAUAUAGAAUAUAUUUAUUUGGCUAUUACUGUAUUAAUACGGUUUUCUAAUAUCCUAUAGAUAAAAUACCCAUAUCACACUUCUUACACGUCUAAUCGUUUUCUAAUUUGUGCUGUUGUUGUUCCUAAUUGACCACUUAUGUUGCAAUGUCACCAACAUUUCUGUGGGAUAAUAGAAAAUACCAUAUAUUUUUUUCUCUCUCCCUGCAGCAAGCAAGUGAUUUUGCUGUGUUUGAUUCUCAUUUGUGCACCAAUCUCAUGAUAUGCCUGGAGCAUCUGGUGUCUCCUCAAAUUGGAGGGAAAGUGGAAAUGUAAGCCUAUAUCGGUUUUAAGGAGGGUAGAUCACUAUCACCUCAGGAUUGACUGAUCAGUGCAGAUGAGUUUAUGUUGUUAAUGUCUGAUAGGGAAGUCAGUGUGAUAUGGAUAUUUUGUCCAAAGUAGCAGAAUAUGUCCUAUCUGUAAUAAACAAGUUGCACAAUUUGAAUGGCAAUCAAACAGUUGAAGGUCAUUUUUCUCUAUCAAGGCAACUGGUGAUUUGGCAUAGGGCCUUCUGGAGUGAAAGGGCCAUCUGGUGUUCCGUUCCUUGCAUUUCCUGCGCCUUCGUACAGGUAGCUUUACCUGUCGUUCGAGUAGUCUGACAAAACAGUAGAUUUUUUUUCUUCACAGUUUGCGUAUUCAUUCAUGUCAUUUGUAGGCUUACACAAUGGAGGCUACUAGGCUAUUGAUAGCAUUGCCCACUUUAUUUAGUAGUAAGCAUCCUGGAUAGUGUCUCUCAGUGGUGGCGGUCCUCAUGAGAGCAAGUUUCAUCAUAGCGCUUGAUGGUUUUUGCGACUGCACUUGAAGAAACUUUCAAAGUUCUAGACAUUUUCCAGAUUGACUGACCUUCAUGUCUUAAAGUAAUGAUGGCCUGUUGUUUCUCUUUGCUUAUUUGAGCUGUUCUUGACAUAAUAUAGGACUAUCUUCUGUAUACCACCCCUACCUUGUCAGAACACAACUGAUUGUCUCAAACGCAUUAAGAAGGAAAGAAAUUCCACAAACUAACUUUUACCAAGGCACACCUGUUAAUUGAAAUGCAUUCCAGGUGACUACCUCAUGAAGCUGGUUGAGAGAAUGCCAAGAGUGUGCAAAGCUCUUUUUUGGUUACUACAUGAUUCCAUAUGUGUUAUUUCAUAGUUUUGAUGUCUUCACUAUUAUUCUACAAUGUAUACUAGGUGUGUCCAAACUUUUGACUGGUACUGUAUGAUGAAGUCUUUAUAAAAUAAUUGCCUCUACGUUUCUAUGGUGGGAUUUUGGCUAUAGGCUACUUUGAAGCAAGGUAAGACAUGCCUCAUCAUUUGAAGUAAAAUGUCCAGGUUUCAAACAAUUAAGGAAGAGGAAAAAUAUAGCCAUGCUAAAGAUAGGCCUAACUGUCUUCUGGUAGUUGGAAAGGCUUCCCCAAAAACCUUCUCAAUUAAAUGUUUACUAGCUACAAAGUAGCCUAUGCCUACCUGGCAGAAUGAUAUCAUGAUUAUUUGCAUCAAUCCAGUGGCCAUUUGUUUUGCAAACUCCAUCUCAUGUGCUCUACAUAAACAACAGUGCUAGGUGCCUGCACAGUUCAAUUAAAGGGUAAAUACACACACACACAAAUAAAGUGGUCUCCUGAUGUGGUUUAAGCAUUGCUGUGGACUUAUAACGUCCAAUUUUGUUGUUUUUCUAUUAAAAAAGUGUGACUUUGAGAGCGAAAACCUUUUUCUUUUGUCUGGAAAGAUCAGAAAGCUAUGAAUUUCUGACUCAGUUGACAGGCUCAUUUAUCUAUUUCAAUAGUAGGCUUACUAUUAGCCUACUUGCACAGUACAGCUUGGGUUGGCCUGACUGAAAGACCAAUAUGGGAUUUAUAAUUUUAGAUCAUUCAGAGUGUAUGUCACUGUUUGUCAUAGAAUGUUUCACACCGGGUGCCUUUCCUUCGCCGUUUGGGAAAUCUUUGACAAAAUUUGAGUAUACCCACUUCUCCAGGCACAACUACACCACUGGUGUCUCUGUCAACAUGCAGAUAGCCGAUAUAUAUAUAGUCAUACUACUCAACUAGGCCCUACAAUAUUUAUUGUUAACCUAGCCAAUCUUUAGAAAAGGGCAAUUCCACAGUAACAGAAUGAUUCUGAGACUCAGAUUUUUUUGUAGACUUUAAAACGUAUGCCAGGGGCCUCCCGAGUGGCACAGCGGUCUAAGGCACUGCAUCGCAGUGCUAGAGGCGUUACUACAGACCCGGGUUCAUUCCCGGGCUGUGUCACAAUCGGUCGUGGCCGGGAGUACCAUAGGACGGCGCACAAUUGGCCCAGCGUCGUCCGGGUUAGGGGAGGGUUUGGCCAGUGGGGCUUUAUUUGGCUCAUCGCACUCCAGUGACUCCUUGUGGCGCGCCAGGUGCCUGCAGGCUGACCCCGGUCGCCAGUUGAAUGUUGUUUCCUCUGACACAUUGGUGCGGCUGGCUUCCGGGUUAAGCUGGCGGGUGUUAAGAAGCGUGAUUAUGCGGGUCAUGUUUCGGAGGACGCAUGACUCCACCUUCGCCUCCUCUCCCGAGCCCGUUGGGCUGUUGCAGCGAUGAGACAAGAUCGAAAAAAUUUGGGAGAAAAAGGGGGUAAAAAAAAUAAUUACAGAAAAUGUAUAAAUAUGUAUGCCAAACAAAAAACAAUGAUUGCAAAAUUAAACAAACCAUACAACGCUAUACAUAAUGACUACUUUUAACAAUUUCCACAUUUUUAUUUUACAAAAACACAUUUACUUGAAGAACAGUGCAGAUGCAAAGUUUGGAAACAGAAUGACAGCAGUUACAGCACAAACCAUCAUUCUGUUACCAAACGUUGCAUCUGCACUGUUCUUCAAGUAAAUGUGUUUUUGUCAAAUAUUCAGUGGAAAUUGUUAAAAGUAGUCAUUGUGCAUAGAAUUGUAUGGUUGUUAAACUUUGCAUUUAUUGGUUUUUUGUUUGACAUACAUUAUAAAUGGAAAAAUCUGAGUCUUAGCAUCAUUCCGUUACCAUGGAAUUGCCUAGUAACUGAGACAUAGGCCAAGCGUCGUCGUCGUUAUUGUUGUUGUUGUUGUUGUUGUUGUUGUUGAUGAUGAUUUUUCAGUGAUGCAUGCUUUCAGGGGUGGUGCAGUAGGCCUAGCAUUUUAGUUGCAAAUGCUUGCUCUUCAAUCCCUUAUAGAGAGUCUAGUUGAACAGCAUGUUGAAGAAAACUCUCAUGCGCAGCAGCCAGUCAAUGUAUUUUAUGAUCGCACCUCAUGUAUUGUAAUAAAGGCACUGCUAAGGUUUUAAUAUUAGUUUCACGUGCACCACAUAAGACAUGAAGAAUGAACCAUCCUUGCUGGUCAGGAAUAUAAAACACUCUUCGUGCAAAGUUUGCCAAGUAGAUAAAAAAAAUAUAACGUCAGAUAGAACUUAGUAAUUGUCAGUGGAACAUAUUGAGACAAUGUUUUGUUGGUUUUUCCACAAGGUUUUUCCCACUGUAGGCAAUAAAUAGCAGAAGGAGCACUUUGAUGAGGUGUGAGGACAUGCUUUCUCUCUGUAAACAGAGAAGAGGGAGUGUCUCUAUCCUCAUAUAUGUGAUUGGGAACAUGAAUCAGGCUUGUGGCCAGAUGAGUGUAGGGGCCAUGCAGGCUUGUUGAGAGGCACAAUAGGCAACCUUUGGACUGUGUGCGACAGCCCUACCCACUCUGGACCCCUGCCAGCUCCUCCAGGAAUCUCUGGACACUAAUCGAAUGUGAAUUCCCAGAACAGCUGUAAUUCACCAUCCCUGUUAUGUGGUGGAGCUUAUUAUGAAAAAUAUGUUUAGUGUAAAUGGUAAUAAAUAAAAAAAAGAAGACAAAUAAAUGCAAUUUACCCAUCUACCCCUCCAACUCACGUUGUGUUCUGGUUUUUGUUUGUGCAUUAGCACUUUUUGGACUUGGCAGUCCUCUGUGUUAUGUGUUGUUCGUGAUAAUAAAGUGCUAUGUUUAUAGGGCAUAAGAAAUUAUGGUGGUUGUUUGUUUGUCUUUUGUGUCCAUUGCUUAAUUAAUCCGAAGGCGGAGUUGGCAACAGUAAAUUCAUAUUCAUGACCAAUCAGGGCUGUUUAUCACAGACCAAAACAUCCAUUAAAACAGUGUUGAAGCUCAGUCAAAAUCAGAUGUGAGAUAGUAGUGCCUGAAACCUCCAGCCUGAAACCACCACUAUUGAAUGCCCAUUACCCAUUCUUAAGUAGGCAAGUUGGUGAUGUCAUGUUUGAUGUAGGUACCACACACACACAGAUUCUCAUUAAACAAAUCAGCUUUUUUUGUACAUAUUUGGUCUUCAUUAUACAUAUAUACAUUUGUUACCUUUUCACAAAUCUUCUGCAAGAAGUAAGCUAUACAACAGGCCAUGUUCGUAAUCGGCUCAAUAAUAUUUUCUGGAGAGUCAAUGUUGGGGGUAAGUUCCCUUUCUAGGAGGAUACUGCUUAUCUCAGACAAUCCAUAGUCCCCUACAUCGCAGUGUGCUGCUGUACGUGUGCACACCACAAUACGUCUAACAUUUCUUAAUUGGCAGCUACAUGCCUUCAAUGCCUUUUUCCACCACCAGCAGGUUUUUACAAGGGCACAGAAAUACCCUCAGAAUGUCACUGCAUUUAUUUAAUAAAAUCAGAUUUAUCUUCGGUCAUUCUGAUUCUGCACUGUGUGUGUUAUGAGAAGGAACAAUGGCCAGCUCGGUGUGAAGGCUAUGAUGAAGCCAGAGCAUAUGUUUGCAUUGAGGGGGGUGGUGAAAUGCAGAGUGGAUAGAUAAUUAUUGCUUGCUCUGGGGAGAGGCUGCACUCAGCAACAACAGAGCAUGUCUGUGGCGAGGGAAUAGCUGUCUUCUUCAGCCAGAGGAUAUUAAUGGCAGGGAUCUACUGUUCCAUAAGAACAAGUCAAGCAAGAGCAGUCCAUCUCCAUCAUUUUCAAAUCCCCUGUUCUAUCUUACUGUCGCUCAUAAACACACAACUUUCAAUACCUGAAGCUCUAUUUCACUAAUAUAUGUUGCUCAAGAACAUGUGAGUUUACAGUGUGUUGUUACAUACUUGCCAAAUAAAUAAAGCUGGUUUGUGAUGUGCUGAUUUUUCCCCUUAUGUCUGUUUCUCUGCAGGGAAGAUGAGAAGGAGUAUGCACUGAAACAAAUUGAAGGCACUGGAAUAUCGAUGUCUGCUUGCAGGGAAAUCGCUGUAAGUUAA